CAGUGUGUCGUGUGGUGUUGAACUAUUAUGGACGUACUCACGCGUUAAAGGCGAGUGUGCGAUUUAACUUAUAAAAAACUAAGCUAAAUUAUUUUUUCGCACUAAAUAAUAUAUCUAUAUAUAAGCAGCAGUUCUCCGAAGUGAAGCCGACAUGGUGGCCACGAACACUCCGAAGCCCAAAGGCGGCGAGUGGGUCUCAGAGGGCGGAGAGCGGAGGUACGACCAGGCGUGCCUCGAAAAGGAUUUUUGGGACCACUGCUUGGCUGGACCCCCAAGGAAUACUGAAGACAGAAGCUGCCUCCAGCUGGCAAAGAUGUUUGAGAGCUGCCUGUCGCGAGCCAAGAGGUCAACGCUCCACUGCUCCGCCGUGCUGGUCCCAGAGAAGCUGACGCGGAGGAUAGCGGGCGAAGUUCUGCGCCUGGCUUCCUGCGAGCCGUGCGGCCUGCGAGGCUGUGUUCUCUACGUGCUACUGGAGCUGGACAAGGGCUGCCAGCAGCUGGAGCGCAUCGUGUGCGACGCCAGCGUUGUGCCCACCUUUGAGCUGACUCUGGUGUUCAAGAAGGAUGGCACAGCUUGGCCCAGCCUGCGGGACUUCCUUUUCAUGGGCACCUGCUUCGCCCCAAACUUCAGACGCGCACUUAAACUAAGUCCAGGUUUCCGCCUGGUCAAAAAAAAACUGUACUCCUCCUCGGCUGGUACCGUGAUCGAGGAGUGUUGAAUUGUGAAUGUUUAUUUGCAUAUAUGCACUUUUACUAUGACACAAAUGACCUUGGACUCCCUGGUUUACACUGAUUAUGUACCAAACAGUUGGACAUGUCAGCCAAUUGUCUGUCAUUUUUGUAAUGUUUUUUUAAUUCUUUCCAGUGAUGUUCUGUCCUGCUUCUUAAAGCUAGCAUAUGAAUGCUUACUUUACACUGUAGCCACUUUAAUGAUGCUUUGAAUGUGCCUGGCAACUAUAAACAUUUGAACUUGAGAGAGCACUUGUUGGUUUUAGCUUGUUGACUGAAUGUUUUUUAGUAAUGCUGUCACACUGAGGGAACAUGGACGCCUUAAAGCAGGGGGUACAAAAGUGUGGCUUCCCAAAUAUUCAUAUCGACCUUUCAAGCUCACACAAUCCAUGUAGCCAUCUAUUGAACAUGAUCUCCACUGCCGUAUGGUGCUGCUGUAUGCUUAAACUCGCUCUUUGGCCCUUGCAGGCAAAAAGUUAGGGCGCUCCUGCCUUAUAGCGUGCAUCUCCAUGUUGGUCUGUCCUGAUGCAGAUUCAAGUAACUAGGAAAUCUUGUUACUUGCAAGCUGCAACAGGAGGCACAAAGAAACCUGCUUUUUUGUGACCCAGCUGUUUUUAAAGUGUCAUUUAAACAUGUGACUGAAAGAAGCUUUGACUUGCCUGUCGGACAAUAAAAUAUUUCACCCUCA